AUGUCGUGGAUUGCUGCAUUUGCUGCCGUCGGGACUGGCGUUAUCGCCGCGUGCGCAGUCUCUUCCGAGGUGCGAGCAUGGCGACCAGAAAAAGAGAAGAAGGAAAAGGAGAUGGAGAAGAAGAAGAUGGAGCUGGAGGAACGGGAGGAGAAGAUUGCAAAGCAGGAGGCGGAGUUUGCAAAGUGGGGGGCGGAUCUUGCAGCCGAGUCGUCCGACCUCUCUAUCAAGAGCAGGAGGUUAAGUGACCUUAAGAGAGAGCUCCUGCAGCGGGAGAUAGCAGUCUCCCAGAGGAAUGAGGCGAGCAUACGCCUAAGUGCCGAAAGCCGCCGGGUGUGCGAGGAGGCCACCCGCGCAAUGAAAACCAUCAGCGAGUGGGAAGAAGCCCUUGAAGAAAGGGAGAUAUUGCUCCGGCUAGAGCAGAGGCGGCAGACGUCCAUCCGCAGGGACGUCCAGCAGAACCGUGGAUAG